CUGGUGGGAGGGGGCUAUGCCUGUAUUGGAAUAAGGUCACUUUGUGAUUCACAGUGUGGCAGAAUCUGAAUGUCCGUUAGCAGGGAAAAUUGCUGGGGGGAAUCGACAUAUGGAAAGGACUGAAACCCUGUCCGAAUUCUCUCACAUUGCCCUUCUCACCCAGGCAGGCUACAGAUUGUCCACGUUUCGCCGCAGAUCAUCCCCUCCUCCCAGCGGGAAGGAAAGGGCUGCAAUGGAGCUGGCUCAGGAGCUAGUGACCUUUGAGGAGGUGGCUGUGCAUUUCACAAAGGAGGAAUGGACACUGCUGGACCCCACUCAGAGAGCCCUCUACAGGGAUGUCAUGCAGGAGAACUAUGAGAAUGUGACCUCGCUGGGUAAGGAGUCCUAUCCCCUGGGUUAUUAGAAGCUGUGGGCAGGCCGGCUUUGGGAAGCGUGGGGCCCAAUUCGAACAGUUUCGA